AUGCCCUCGGUCAAAGCCCAAUCUCCCAACGGUGGAGUUGGUCUGCGCGGGAGCGAGGGAUUGUUGGCGCGAAAGCUGGAGUAUCAACUGCGAGAGCGAGAGAAGAGAAAGGAAAAGAAGAACAAGGAAGAAGAGAAGGUUAACAACAGCAGCAACAGUGAUAACAACAACAAUGACAACACCACUGGGUUCAACAAAGAGGAUAGUGAGGCAAACGGGAGAGGCAACAAGUUCAAGCUCAACGUGAACGCGCCCGAGUUCGUGCCCCGAUCAUCGUCGGCUUCUCCGGGAAUGCCGCUGAGCACCGGUUACUUCUACCCCUACCUCCAGUUCCCCCCCGGUGGGGCCGGGGCUGCGGUCGCGCCUGACUGGGUCUACUUUGCCGAUCAUGAUCCGAUUCUCUUCGCGCCCGAUUUCCACGCCAAGAUCAAUCCCGCGCAGUUCAAGAGCAGUGCCGACAUCGUUCAGAAGAUCGUCAAGCAGGUGGAGUAUCAAUUCAGUGACACAAACUUGGUUGCAAAUGAUUUCUUAAUGAAGAUUAUGAACAAAGAUCCUGAUGGCUAUGUGCCAAUGUCUGUUAUUGCAUCUUGGAAGAAAAUAAAGUCGCUUGGCGCGAGCAAUCAUAUGCUUGUUAAAGCACUUCGGACCUCAACGAAGCUUCUUGUUAGUGAAGACGGUAAGAAGAUUAAGCGCAAGCAGCUUUUUACCGAAAGGGAUAAAGAGGAAUUGCAGUCCCGUACUGUCAUCGUGGAGAAUCUGCCUGAGGAUUACUCUCGUCAGAAUCUGGAAAAGAUAUUUGGUGCCAUAGGGAGAGUGAAGAACAUCCGAAUAUGCCACCCACCGGAACCCAAUUCUGCGAGGUCUUCAAAUAGUGAUGUGCUAAUAAGCAACAAGGUGCAUGCAUUUGUGGAGUAUGAGACAACUGAUCAAGCUGAUAAAGCAGUCGAGAAGCUAAAUGACGAAAGGAAUUGGCGAAAAGGUCUCCGUGUCCGCACGAUGCUCAGACGCUCGCCAAGAUCGGUAAUAAGAAGCAGAAGGCCUGAGUACGAUCAUUUCGAUAUAAAUUCCGAAGACGAAAAGUCACCACCAUCUCAAUCAUCUACAGCAAUUGACAAUUUGCUUGAUCAAAGUAAUGAAGAAAACCAGUAUGGCAUGAAGAAAGCAUGGGGGAGAGGCAGGAUGAAGAUGCAGGUACCACCUCAAAAUAUCAAUGGUCGUGGCGUGCUAUCACAGUCCCCACAAUCGCCAAACUACGGCCUUCCCGAAUCUCCGAGCACCAAACAAGGUCCACGAAUGCCGGAUGGCACACGUGGGUUUACUCUGGGGCGAGGGAAGCCACUUACGUCGCUAUUAGGAUGCUUACAACUACCGUCGGCUGUUCUUGCUUCUCCUGCUCAGCUGUGAUUGUUGGUAUUCUUGUUAUUGGGGCAAGAAGUAUUCGUCAAUUAUUUUUAAUUCUCCAACAUGCAUUAUGUUUCUUUACUUUCUAAAGUUCGGUAUUUCUUGUCAUUGUUGUUCAAUUAUUCUUAUUAAUAUUUGU